AAUUGUUCAUAGAAAAACAACGAAAUUGGAUGUUCUGAGUCCAUGUCAACAGUUAAAUCACAUCAGAAAACAUUUUUUUUAGGUAUGUAAAAAUGUAUUUUUUUGUGUAAUUCCCCUUAAAUUGCGCAUUUGGCCAUUUAAUUGCGUAUCUAGUGAGUGGGGAAUGUGCUAGGACGGUGAGAUGGCGGAAGCAGAAGUGUCGAUUAAAGCGCGUCGAGUACAGUUAGCGUGAAAGAUUAGUGGACAACAGUGAAGAAUAGAACAAGAAUGGAACAAAAUGGGUUUAAGUUGUGGAAAAUUAGUCUAAUGUAUCGUUCCUUGUUGGAGUACGUUUUUUGGAUAAAGAUGUUUAUUUUGGAAACCCUUUUGAAGUCACGAGGAUGGUGAAGGCGGCGUUGGGAAAAGUGGAUGCAGUCAAAGUAACCAGAAGUGCCACUAAAACACUUAACCGCGGUAUUGCUGAGUUCAUUGUGAUGGCCGCAGACACAGAGCCCCUGGAGAUCAUCCUCCACCUGCCACUGCUCUGCGAGGACAAGAACGUGCCCUAUGUGUUUGUGCGCUCCAAGCAGGCCCUGGGACGCGCCUGUGGGGUCUCACGCCCAGUCAUUGCCACUUCGGUCACCAUCAAGGAGGGCUCGCAGCUCAAGCCCCAGAUCCAGUCUACCCAGAUGGCCAUUGAGAGACUGCUGGUGUGAGAAGAGAGCUCGGGAUGGGGGUUGUAGGGUUAAUGGGACACCACCUGCUUUAGUCAUUCAGAUUUUUGUAAAUGGGACAGACUAUGAUUUAAUGUUGUCCUGCUUUGUUUCAUGUCCUGUCAGACUUAUGUACAGAAGAUUCUAUUUUGUAGGGCUAUGUCCAUUUUGAAAUGUUGGGACAGAAUAGGUAUAUCUGAAGCGUUGGAACAAAAAUGGCUUAACUUGUUUUUAACAUUACUAUGUUGUAAAUGUGGUAAUUCUAUAUAGAGUAUACGGGAUGUCAAACCAAGCAUAGUAGAAUCAUAGCAACUACACUUAGCUUUCCUUAUGUUGACCUUUUUCCUUCAUUUGGUGCAGUUAAAGGUGGACAUGUUCAUUCCA